AUGCAGCAGGUGAGGGAUGCUUCAGAAGAGGCAGAAGGUUUUUGCAAGGAUUUACAAGGUGAUGAUGGUUGGAACCACGUCUACGGCUCCAAAGAAGAUGACAUACGGGUUUGGUACAAGCCUGAAGCAGACUCCCCAAUCCAUGCGCUUCGUGUUGCAGCUACGAUUGAUGCCCCCCUGGAAUAUCUCCUCGUCAUGGUGAACGAGAUCACUCUGUUCCCCAGUUGGCUCCCGUUCAUCAGUGACAGUGAGCUCUUGUCAAAACCGUCCAAGUGUGAGCGAGUCUGUUGGUGGAAAAUCAAGUCCCCCCUUCCAGCAAUUUUUUCUCACCGUGAUUCCUGCGUGUACGGACGGGCGAUAGAUGGCCUCGAUGAAGAUGGGUGUGUGCUGCUUCUGAUUCGCAGUCUCGAAGAAAUGGAGGGAGUUACAUUCCCAGAGGUGAAGCCGAAAACAGUUCGCAUCGACAUCAAGUAUGCAGCGGUGAAAUUGAUUCCAAUCAACAACAACAAGACAAAGGUAGUUGCAGCUGGCAGUGUCGACCCUAAGAUCCACAAGCUCCCGUCAUGGCUGAUUAACUGGGUAGCCACCAAGGUUUGCUACAUGGGUGUCAUUCUGUGGGGAAGGAAUGCACGCCGAGUGGCUGAAGGAAAGAAAGAUUGUCCGCAUAGACAACGUAUGCGGGAAGAUGCCGAAUUCUAUGCUUGGAUGUCAGCGCGAGUUCACUCUUUCAACGAAAGAAAUGGUCAUUGA